AUGUUUCCAGAAUUGCCUGUUUCUGGACUACCUUUAAAUAGUACACCACGUGAAGCAUUUGUAACAUUUUGUAAUAAUCAACCAAAGUAUCUUUCUCUUCUAAUUGUUAUACUUGAUGCUGUUCAUCAUUUUUCAACACGUCCUAUUAUAGCUUAUGGAAUUGAUGUUGAUUUAAAUAUCGACAAUAAAAAAUAUCCACGUUUAAUCAAACGACGUUUAAGUCAAAAAGAUUGUGGACCAUCUAUUUAUUUUUGUAAAAUCUAUGCUAUUGUACACAGUCAAAUUGAUUAUGGAAUAUAUAUAGAAGCUGAUACGUUAGUUAAUUGGAAUGUUGAUAUUCUUUUCGAUGUUCUUCAUCGAUGGCCAUAUCCAUUACCACUUUCACCUCGUCAUUUUAUAGGUGCUAACUUUGAUGAAACAGGUAUCAAUGUUCUUUUAUGGCAAGCUAAAGCAAAUCAUACAUUAUGCAAAAUAGAUCCCUACUAUAGUUUUUUAUCAGCUUAUGAAUCGAACCAGACGAUAUGUAGUAAAUAUUGUCAUACAGCAUACAUUUUUAUUCAUGGUUGUAAAGAUGCAAAUGAAAUGCAUAAGCUAUUCAAACGAUUAAAAAAUCAUACUGGAUCGCCAUUUAUUCAAACUCCUCAUCAUGGAAUGCAUUAUUUAAAUGAGACACAAUAUACAUGUUGUUAUCCAGAUAGCCAUCCAUCAUCUAUUCAUCCAUUGCUCUGUGAACAUCGAAGACAAUAA